GAGGCAACCGUAGAAGACGGAAAUGUGGGCUUGUGGACGGACGCUUCGUCCCGGGCCAACAUGUCAUACAAAGAAUUCGGAGUCGGAGGGUUUCGGUUUCAAGUGUCCAAGCCAAGGCCAGGCCCAGGGGCAGGGGCAAGGGGAUCAUGUCCAAGGCCGUGUCGCGCAUUCCGUCGAGCACCCUGACCUCCCUCCUCCCGCGCGCCCUGAAUCCCCACGUCGCCGUCGUCGACCUCAUCACCACCCACCUCACGGCCGACGCGGAACCCACCAAGAUCCUCGACCUCUCCGGCCUGCUCCCCUACCUCGGCCAGGACGAGCUCACCGCCGUCGUGCUCCACGCCGGCCACUCUCACCCGCUUUCCACCCUCCGCUUCCUCAUCGCGCUGCCGCCGCCGCUCCAGCCGUCGCCUCCCCACCUCGCCUUCCUCGCGCACUCCCUCGCCACCACCCGCUUCUUCUCCCACGCGCUCGACGCGCUCUCCCACCUCCUCCGCCUCCACCCAACCCACGACGCCCUCCCCACUCUCCUCCUCUCCUACCAGACCGCGCCCCACCCCUCCCUCCCCAGCCUCCUCGUCAAGGCGCUCCUCCGCCGCGCCCGCCUUCGCCACGCAUUCCACGCCGCCCUGCGCGCGGCCGCUUCCGGCUUCCCACCCGACACCGUCGCCUUCAACGCACUCCUCGCCGCGCUAUCUCGCGCCGAGCGUUUCAAUGAGCUCUGGGCCGCACGGGCAGCCAUGUCGCGUGCUGGGGUGCGCCCCAAUGCGCACACGUUCAACAUCCUCGUCGCCGCGCUCUGCCGAGGUGAAGACGCCGAGCGCGUGCAGGGCUUCUUAGAGGAGCUGGAGGAGCAAGGUUUCGAGCCAGACGUGGUGACUUACAACACCCUUCUUGUUGGGUAUUGCCGCAGGGGGAGGCUGCAGGACGCUCUGCACCUGUUCGAUGUUAUGCCGCCCAGGGGUGUUGAACCAGACUUAGUGUCACAUACUGUCCUGAUGGACGGGCUGUGCAAAGCCGGGAGAUUGAGCGACGCUAGACGCAUGUUUGACAGGAUGGUGCACAGUGGGGUGAGCCCCGAUGCUGUCGCUUAUAGUGUUCUUAUCGCAGGGUACUGCAAUGAGUGCAGAGUGAAGGAGGCAAGGUUGCUGCUAAUGGAGAUGGUGGGGAAUGGGCUCUCGCCUGAAGGAUUCGCUCUCAAGAGUGUGAUUGAGAGUCAUCUCAAAAUUGGGAAGCUUCUCACUUGCUUGAAUAUGGUGUCGCCUUUAAGGAAAUAUGGUGUUGCCAUUCCGUUGGAGAGUUACAAUUGCUUGAUUGGUGCAUUGUGCGAGGAAAUGCGCCCUCAUGCUGCCAGGGGUUUGUUCCAGUGGAUGAUAGAGGAUGGGCACAGUCCUAGCUUGGAGAUGUAUAAUAUGGUAGUAGAUUGCUUCUGCCAGUGCGGCAGUGUGGACGAGGCUUUAGAUAUAAAGGUUGAGAUGAGCUCUAGAGGAGUGAAGCCAGAUUUUGAUACUUACCGUACGCUAGUAACCUGCCUUUGCAGUGUGGGGAGGAGCUCAGAUGGCAAAUCGGUUAUGGCAGAGAUGAUUGAGUCAGGUCUCCAGCCGAAUGAGACUAUUUGUGCUGCUUUGGUUUGUGGGUUCUGCAAGGAAGGUUCUCUUAAUAAAGCAGAAUUGAUCCUGAAGGCUUUUGUUCUUGAUUUGCAGGUCUGCUGCAAUAAGAGCUAUAAUACUCUGAUGAGAGCUUACUGUAUGACCAGGAGCACCACAGAGUCAUUAGAAUUGCAGAACAGGAUGUUGGAACUGGGUUUUGUCCCAAGCAGUGAGACAUGUCGAUCUCUUGUUUAUGGGCUCUCAAGAAGCAUUGCUUAAGUUGCUAAACUGGUUUAAUCAUCCCAUGAAUUCAAAUAUUCUUAAAUUCUCAAUGGGUGGUCUACAUAAUUACUUAGGUGAUUACAGCAGUGACGAUGGCAUGAUGCUAUCACCAUGCAUGAUGAACGAGAACAUUUGUGGAAGAGCUGAAGAAAUUGGAUUAUGCAGCAGAAAGCUGUUUAAUAUAAUACUGUAUUUAAGUGAUGUGAGCAUGCUGUUAAUAUAAUGCUCCUCAUAAAGACUUGGUUUUUCAGCCCAGGCAAAUUCUAAAGAUUUGGGACCAAAAGCGGUUAGCAGUGACCAUUGAAUAAGUUUCUUCAGCUUGAGUUGGGUUAAAUUACGGAAGGUAUUUGCACCAGUCUGUGUGAUGCAACUUGUCAGCUGUGACCACUGGCCAGAAAUAUUCUUGGAUCAAGUUUCUGCUGAUGGCUUAGUGGGCUAUAACAAACCGAGGCCCCAUGACUUGCUGAAUGAUGGCCAUGUACAUGCCUCGCGAUUCUGGGUUCCUUGGAUUUUUGGAGAACAGAUGCAAAGCGCUAGUUCAUGAGGACUAAUGCUGACUUAUACCAAAAAGAUUACAGUAUGUUGGAUACAGGGGGGAGUUUCUGGUGGAAUGAGGCCUAUGAGUUUACUUGGCUGGAAUGCCAUCCUUCUGCCACGGUAGUGCAUGUUUGGCAAACUGCUCUUGUCCUGGGCACAUGGCACCAUGGAGCAUGGCUAACAAAUUACUGUAAAACCCCUGCUGUAUGGAAUUAGAGAGCUAAUAUUGCUUGAAUCUUAGCCCUAGAUUAAGCGGCAGACAUGAUUCUAAUGCUAAAAUAUUAAGUGUUGCAUCCAAUUGCUACAAUUGUACAUUACACAGUGCACUGUUUGGUAAAUCUCAUGCGUCAGUUUUUUGUCCAAGAGUUCACAUGCAUGGUGAACAAUAGCAUUUGUGAAAGGGUAGAAUGCAGUAUGGUUAGCAUUGAGAUGGUGUGAGCACUGUGCACAAAUGUUGAUGUAAUCUUCCUCAUGCGGAUUUGCUGCCUGAAUCCAGGUGAACUCUAAUCUUCAUAUACAUUGACCAAGUUUUUCCUGA